GCUCUCUGGGUGGUUUCGUCUUGUUUUGGGUGUUUUGGGGGAUUUUUGGAUUUACAGCCUUUCUGCGACCCUCAGGUCUUGCUGUGAACUCGCCAUGUUGUUGAAUCUUUAACUCGAUGAUGGAUCGUCAGGAAUCGAUCUUCUUCCUCUGUUUCGUGAUAAUCUCUGCUGCUGCUGAUCCACUGAAGACCCUGAGAGCCUCUGUAGGAAGAAGCGUCACUCUGCCCGACACUGUGGAGGAGGAAGGAUUUCUGGUAUAUGGAGGAAAGAUUUUAGCUCAGGUGGACGAGAAGAAACUGUUUAAGAUUUAUGGAGACAAUUACAAGGAGAGACUUCACUGGAACCAGAACACAGGACGUUUUACUCUCACCAGGCUGCAGAAGUAUGACUCUGGGAUCUAUGCAGUUGACUCGAAGAAAGGAAGAGUCGUUUUUGUAGAUUAUAAACUGAUGGUGUACGACGCUGUACAGACUCCUAAUGUCAGCAUAUUGAACAGAAGCUCUGAGAGCUGCUCUCUGAGCUGCUCUGUGGACUCAGCUCAGGAGGACACCACGCUGCUGUGGUCCAAAGACCUGAAGAUCCUGAAGAAGAAGCGCUCUGCUGCUUCUCUGUCUCUGAAUUUAUGGUACUGGCAAGACCUGAACUUUUCUCUUCAAUGUGUGGCUAAAAACCCUGUAGAGAAUAAAACAGUGUCAGUUGAUGUGAGGACAGUCUGUCCACUGAAACAGAGAGGGAAGACCCGCAGCUCCACAUACUUCCGGCAUCAUUUGAUCCUCAUCACUAUCAUCCCCACAGUGUGUGGUCUCAUCUUAUUACUUUCUGUUGUCAUCUGGAGGUUUUCUCACCCAAAAAAUGUGACAGUAAGACAAACAGAAGUUUCUACAGAAGUAGAGUACGCUGACGUCCAGAUCCGUGACAACAGAUACACUGAGCUCCCACGACGACCAUCAGAAUCGGAGCGCCCAACUCUGACGACCAUUUAUGAUGAGCUGACCUUCAGUCGCACAGACUGCUGAACAUGUAUGGCGUUAAACUGACAAAGGCUGAAUCCCAUUUCAUCCCUGAG